AGGAGUGUGUCAUAUAAAUUGAUGACCACUACUUGAAUGAAAAUGGGACGCCGGUCAUCAGAUACUGAAGAAGAAAGCAGAAGCAAGAGAAAAAAGAAGCACCGUAGACGGUCAUCUUCAAGUAGUUCUUCAGAUAGUAGAACAUACAGCCGAAAGAAAGGUGGAAGGAAAUCAAGAUCAAAGUCAAGAUCUUGGUCCAGAGAUCUUCAGCCUCGCUCUCAUUCAUAUGAUAGAAGACGCAGGCAUCGAUCAAGCAGUAGCUCGUCUUAUGGUUCUCGAAGAAAACGAAGUCGAAGUCGUUCACGGGGUCGAGGGAAAUCCUAUAGAGUUCAGAGAUCUAGGUCAAAAAGCCGAACAAGAAGGUCUAGGUCAAGACCUCGUCCACGUUCCCACAGCCGAAGCAGUGAAAGGUCCAGUCACAGAAGAACCCGUAGUCGGUCUCGGGAUAGAGACCGACGUAAAGGCAGAGAUAAGGAGAAAAGAGAAAAAGAGAAGGACAAAUGCAAGGACAAGGAAUUACACAACAUCAAACGUGGGGAAUCUGGAAACAUCAAAGCUGGAUUAGAACAUCUGCCACCAGCCGAACAAGCCAAAGCCAGACUACAGCUGGUUCUGGAAGCAGCUGCAAAAGCUGAUGAAGCAUUGAAAGCAAAAGAAAGAAAUGAAGAAGAAGCAAAGAGAAGAAAGGAGGAAGACCAAGCCACCCUGGUAGAACAAGUAAAAAGAGUAAAAGAAAUUGAAGCCAUUGAAAGUGAUUCUUUUGUUCAGCAGACAUUCAGAUCAAGUAAAGAAGUCAAAAAGUCGGUGGAACCUGGUGACGUGAAGCACACAGCUGCAGCAUCAGGACCAGCAUCAGUGGCUGCUGAUCCACCCAGCGCUGAGAAGGAGAUAGGCCCGAGCAGCAUCCCCACUGCCAUCAAGUACCAAGACGACAACUCUCUGGCCCAUCCAAAUUUAUUUAUUGAGAAAGCUGAUGCUGAGGAAAAGUGGUUCAAGAGAUUAAUUGCUCUCCGACAAGAAAGGCUAAUGGGCAGUCCUGUGGCCUAAAUGAAAUACAUAUGGUUGAAUUGAUAGUCACAUUGGAAAUUUAGGUUUUUAAAUCCCAAUAUUAAUUUUUUACUCUUAAAUAGCAGUUAGCUGAUUAUAUGAAAAGGUAAUACCAUUUCAUUCUUUUUUCACAUAGAUUUGAAUAUUUGUAGAUUUGAACUUAAUCAAACAUUGCAAAUAUUAAAACUAGUGUGAAAUUUAACAAUGCAUGAAAACCAUACAGUUAAUAAAGCUAAUCAUAACUAUAUCAGUGAUAAUAAAAUAAAUGGUAUGUAGUAGUGUUUCAAAGUACAAUUUGGAAGAUAUAAGUCAUCAUGUAAGGACACAAUUUUGAUUCAUCAUGCAUAUGUAAGAAUCAAAUUGUAUCCUAUACAUGAGAUUUCAUCUUCCAUGUAUUAUGAACCAUUUUUGAAUCUUUUAUUUCACCUUCUAAAAUUUUAGGUAGAAUAAAAAGCACUGUAACCAAUCUAAGCAGAAUGAGCAUGUUAAUCAUAAAGGAAAAACAUUUUUUGAAAAAAAUUCUUGACAAAUAAAUGGAUGGUUUUUGCUUAGAGAUCAGCAUUUACUAAAUGUUCAUUUUAAACAUGUUAGCAGAUCCCAACUCAUUCUUCUAGAAAUCAUAUGUUCAUGCUAGACCUCCUCAGGUGACCAAAUACCCAAGAUGGGGAAAUCAUUUCUGAGGAAGCUGGAAAAGAGCUCUCUCUUUGGUCUUACUUAACCAACUGCUGCUCCCUGCAGAGGAAGCCAGCUAAUUGUAAUUUUGAUAAGGCUGUCUGUCAUUGCAGAAUACCUUUUUCCAGUAGCUGAAUGAAAAUCAACUAUGCAGUCCAUACUAAACAUGCCUGAGAUAAGUAUUUCUAGACCUUGCCUUAUAAAACUAGUUUUCAACAGCUGCCAUGAAUAUUUCCUUUCUAUUUUGUUCUGUUGUCUGGUCUCACUCUAAUUUAGUCUCUCUGAAAGUGAUACCUCAGAAAACAAGAUACACAUGAAAAACGUGUGGGAGAAGAUUACCAAUAUGUAGGAUAGUUUAAAGCCAUCUUUGUUACGUUUCUGAGACUACUACAAUCCUAAUUCUUGUUAAAAAUUUUUAAAAACAUAAAGAUUACAGUUGCAAAACAUACAGAAAAUAGACUGAUGACAAAAUACUUGUUUUCAUACAAAAAGUGGUUCCCAUUCUAAGUAAAUGCCUAGUGUUGUUUUUUUUUUCUUUUUAGCACUAAGUAAAAGUGCCCAGCAUGAACUCAGGUUUGUGUAGUUUUUAAUAUAGGUAGACACAUUUUUAGUGACUAAAAAAGGGCUUACAAUGUUUGAAAUAUUUUGUAUUUCAUUCUUUGAAUAACUUGUAAACAGUAAAAGUAUUCUCACCCUUUUGGAAAGUAUACUUUAGUGAUCUAGGCAAGACUGUGGGUUGUCAUUUGGGCCACUAGUUAUUCUCCAGAGAACCUGGACUCGGCAUUUUUUUCUCAGUUAUGCCUGAUGUGUUUUUUAUCUAUAACAUAGUGGAAAUAUUACUAUAUACUUUAAUUAUGUUUAACUGGUCUUCAUUUGUGGCAAGUAGCCCAAAUACAGAAGUUUAAAUUACAAUCGAUUUGUAUUUUAAAGAUAAAUUUUUCACAGAGAUAGAGAAUCAAGUUAUUUUUUUUAAUUAACUGAACUUUACUCCCUGUAGAAACUCAAUGACUAUUCCCCUCCUUCCUGACUUCCAGUAUGAUUCAUUUUAAUGUAUUAUUAACUUCAUUUACUUACAUUCCUGUUGAAGACCACAAUAUUACCACACAAGCCAAAUCAAAUUUAAUGAGAAAGACUUCAGAGAAUACUAUCAAAUAUAUCACCAUACUCAAGCUAGGUGAUGCAUCCUGGCUUUCUUUAAUAUCCUAAUAUAAUGAGUCUAUAAAACAGAAUAGUCCCUUUCAUGUCACUUGACUAAUGAUAACAAUUUGGACUUAACAUGAGACCUCAGUGUUUCUUGAAACGUUGAUUUCAUAUAAAAUGAUGAGUGCUAGUAAUAUAAGUUGGGUUUCCAUUUCUGACUGUAUUCUCAGGGAAGAUGGAAUAAGAACACUAAGUCAUUCACAUUAAAAUGAGGAUGCUAAUAGUGGA